UGUCCGUGUCCCCAUCCCUGUCCCCCAUCCCUGUCCCCUGUCCCUGUCCCCUCCCGCAGGUGGCUGGUGCUGGACACGGGCACUCGGCAGCUCCUGGCCGGGGGCUCGGACAGCAGCGAGCAGCUCUCGGUGGUUCGGUUUUCACCGGACGGGACCUUCCUGGCCAUCGGCUCCCACGACAAUUUCAUCUACAUCUACAGCGUGGCCGAGGGUGGCCGCAAGCUCAGCCGCUUUGGCCGCUGCACGGGUCACUCGAGUUUCAUCACCCACCUGGACUGGUCCAAGGACGGCCGUUUCAUCAUGUCCAACUCGGGGGAUUAUGAGAUCCUCUACUGGGACGUGGCCGGGGGCUGCAAACUGCUCCGGAACCGCUUCGAGAGCCGGGACCGGGAAUGGGCCUCCUACACCUGUGUGCUCGGCUUCCACGUCUUCGGAGUGUGGCCGGACGGUUCGGAUGGCACCGACAUCAAUUCCCUGUGCCGCUCGCACCACGAGCGCGUGGUGGCCGUGGCCGACGACUUCUGCAAGGUUCACCUGUUCCAGUACCCCUGUGCCCGGCCCAAGGCGCCCAGUCACGUGUACGGCGGGCACGGCAGCCACGUGACCAACGUGCGCUUCACGCACGACGACGGGCACCUGGUGUCGCUGGGCGGGAAAGACACGAGCGUGUUCCAGUGGCGGGUGCUGCCCGGCGACAGCGGCUGAGCCCCCCGCGCUUCCUCUUCCUCUUCCUCGCUGCUUCCUCUUCCCUUUUCCCCCUUUCCUGGGACCAAAGAGCGGGCGAGGGCUCGGUUAAACCGUUCCUUCCCCCCGCGGUUAUCGCGCUGCACUGUGAGAGGCGUCAAUAAAAGCCUUGGGGUCAGGGCA